AUGUACACUUUCACUUUCCAUCUUAACAAACCUGAAAAUAACAUCCAUCGCUGUCAAUACUGCGACAAGGUUAUGCAACCAAUUCGAACCUUCACCGACAUAUUCCUGAAAAGCAUAGACUGCAAUCAAGAUGUCCCUGCUGAGUCGAUUAGCGAGUCGCGUGAAACCGAGGAUAGCGAUCUUGGAGACGAAGGAGAUAACUUCGAUGAUACUUCGGUUAUCGAUCAAGAGGAUUUUUUCUACCUUGAAGUUGAUGACAGUCUCGAGGCUGAUGAAGGGGAAGUUAGCGACUUUAACCAGCAGGGACAGAUUCUCCAACAGAAUCUCGAAGAAGAUUCUGCAGCUUUUGAAGAAUUUCAUCGAGUUAUCUCACAAAGAGCGAGAUCUAAUUCAACCAAGACUGGAUGGCUUCGACCCGAUUAA